AUGAUAUCCACAUCUUAAUCCCUCUUGUUAGGGCACUCGCCCUCUCUCUCCUCUCCUUUGGAAUCCGAAUAAUUCCUUAAGAAUCUCAUCAAUUUCUUCUUCCUUUUCUACCAACUCAUUUUUCCAUCAUCAAACACUAUUUUUCUUGCUUCAAAUCACAUCCAAACCAAUCUAUCGCCAUGGAUGCAGCCAUUGAGAUCGAUGGUCAACAACAACAGCUCAUCACCGCCCUUCCGGAUCUUUCAAUCCAUGCCCAGGGUUGUAAUUCUGGGGAGAAGAAGGAAGUGGUUUCUACUAGCGAAGAGAGGCAGCAUCCCAAAACAUUAUUAGCUGAUGAAGAUCAUCAUGGGGUUUGUGCAAUUUGUUUGAAUAAGAUUGCAUUACAGGAAACCGCCCUCGUAAAAGGUUGCGAGCAUGCCUACUGUGUGAUCUGCAUCCUCCGGUGGGCCACAUAUAAGAAGGAACCAACUUGUCCGCAAUGCAAGCAUCCAUUCGAGUUCCUCAAUAUCCAUCGUUCUCUCGAUGGCAGCAUUCAUGACUACAUGUUUGAGGAGAGUGUUUGCCUCCUCCUGAGAGCUUCAUGGUUUCAUCCUUUGCAUGUGGAGAGCCAUGAAGAGUUGGACGAUCAUCAUCAUGUGGGAGAAGACUUGUAUCCUUACUCGUACGAAUAUGAAGAAGAAGAAGAUGACGAAGAUCUAGAUGAAGUGUAUCUGGGACGGUCAUUGAAUAUCAAUAUCCGUAUCGGCAACCGGAGAUGGGGACAUAACGGGUAUGUCAGGGCUGGAAAGCAAGAGGCAAGACCCAUUCAUCAACAACCUCACUCUCAGGACUGUGAUGCAGGUCCCUCUUCUCGUGAGCCAAAAAAGAAAGAGGCUUGUGCCGCCAGAGACGUGGCGGCAGUGGGGCGGCGAGCAAAGAGGACGCUGAAACGUGAAGCAGCAGAUAAAGCGGCGGCUGCAAAACAUCAGCAGCAUCUGGUGAGGCUGGGACGCAACUAGGUUUUCGCCUUCUCGUCAUCUGGCCCUGUACAGUAGUAGUAUAUUUUCCAAUCCGAGGUGUUGGUGUGUGUGAAAUAAUGGUUUUAGUUAGAUAUAAGAAGGGGGACCCCUUGUCAAAUCUAAAUUAAUUUAGGUCUAUGAUGAUUGAUUAAUUAAAGCUGUUUUAAUUGU